AUGAGAAUUCUGGGAUACAAUCCUUUGAGAGGAGGAGUAGGCGGAAAAUCUGUUACCAACAAGAAUGAUAAUGAAAGACAACAUAAGAAAUAUGGUGGAUUAAUGAAAUAUUUAUGUUGUAAUAAUAAAUCGACCUGUAGAAAAUGCUGUUGUGUUGUGUUGAUCCUUCAACUUAUGGUUUACAAGCUUAUGUUCCUCAAAAUUAAAGAAGAUCGAGAAGAAUGUAUGGAGGCUCAAGAACUCAAGUUAUCUAAUCGCCUUGGAUCAGGAUUAGAAAAAAAAAUGAUUCAAAAAAUUGACAAAGAAUUGGAACAAUAUGAUACAGAAGCUAGAUCAAAAUCAACAUAUCAUUCAAGCCAAUGA